CAUCCCACUGCAGCCCUUAAUGCCAGAGCUGCGCAGUCAGAGACGAGGAGAGGACUGAAGUGACCUACAUCUGCGACAGUGGUGGACUAGGAAGACGGAAACCUCCAGCAGGUCGGUUUCUCUCUAUCUCAGGCCAUGACGGACCGCUUUGACUGUUUCUACUGCCGUGACGAUCUUGGCGGCAAGAAGUACAUUAAGAAGAAUGACAGACCAGUCUGCGUGCGCUGUUUCGAAAAGUUCUGUGCCAACACCUGCACUGAAUGCCGCCGGCCGAUUGGCACAGACUCUAAGGAGCUCCACCAUAAGGGACGCUACUGGCAUGACGAUUGUUUCCGCUGUUCAAAAUGUUAUAAGAAUCUGGCCAAAGAGUCGUUUAGCAUGAAGGACAACAGGAUUCUGUGUGGGACGUGCGGCUCCCGUGAGGAUGCGCCCCGUUGCCAUGCCUGUUACAAGCCUGUUCUGGCAGGUACUGAGAGCGUGGAGUACAAAGGCUCCACGUUCCAUGACGACUGCUUCACCUGUUACCAGUGUAAACAGCCCAUUUGCACCAAAAGCUUCCUGACCAAAAACAACAACAUCUACUGCAGCCCGUGCCAUGAGAAGAAGUUUGCCAAGCAGUGCGCUGGCUGCAAGAAGGCCAUCACAUCCGGAGGGGUGAACUACCAGGACCAGCCGUGGCACUCGGACUGCUUUGUGUGCUGUGUGUGUGAGAAGCCGCUGGCAGGAACGCGUUUCACGUCCCACCAGGAGAUGAUCUACUGCGUGGACUGCUACAAAAGCAACGUGGCAAAGAAAUGCAAUGGCUGCCAAAACCCCAUCACCGGCUUUAGGAAAGCCACUAAUGUGGUGAACUAUGAAGGAGGAACCUGGCAUGACUACUGCUUCAACUGCAAGAGGUGCUCGUUAAACCUCGCAGACAAGCACUUCAUUUCCAAAAACGGAGACAUAUACUGCACCAAUUGCUCAAAGAAACUGUAGGUCUGACCAGGGGGGCCAAACAGGAAAUAUCAGCUAAAGUUAAACAGCAUGAAAAAUGAAAGUACUAACAUUAAUUUUCACAAGUGCAGACACACAUACUUCUCUUGCUGCAUAAUAAAGACUUAGACUAAA